AUGUUCUUUACUCUGGGCCGAGGCAGAAGCCUUCAGGUCGGCGUCACGAUAUGCUGCCUGAUCGCAUUCGUCCUAUUCGGCUAUGAUCAGGGAGUUUUCGGUGGCAUUCUCCAGAUGGAGGAUUGGUUGGACCAGUUCGGCCACCCUUCUGACUCGGAAACUGGCAUCAUCGUCUCAUGCUACAAUCUGGGAUGCCUGGCUGGUUGUGUUCUCAACUUCAUCUUUGGCGAGAAGCUCGGCCGUCGAAAGACAAUCUGGACCGCUAUGAGUCUCGUAAUUGUUGGCGCUACUCUCCAAGCGACGGCGUUCACAGUGCCUCAUCUAGUUAUCGGGCGCUUGGUCACCGGUUUCGGAACCGGUAUGAAGACAUCGACCGUCCCCAUGUACCAAUCCGAGCUCUGUGAUCGAAAGUACAGAGGCCGACUUGUCUCUGCCGAAACCUUGUUUGUCGGUGUGGGCAUUGUCUUCGCCUACUGGUUCGACUUCGGCAUGUCAUUUGUUGGCGGCCCCAUCGCUUGGAGACUGCCCCUCGCGUUCCAAAUCAUCUUUGCGCUCGUUGUCGUGGUUCUAGUCUUUGCCCUCCCCGAGUCUCCUCGCUGGCUGUUCAAGCACGGCCGAGAGCAGGAAGCUGUCCAGGUCCUCUGCGACGUGUUUGCUCAAGAACCCACCGAUGAGUAUAUCCGGACCGAGGUCCACGCCAUUCACCACGCUAUUGAGCUCGAGGUAGUCGAGAAAAGGUCCUCCUCCUGGGUCAGCAUCUUCAAGAAUGAUCGGCUAAGAACAGGCCACCGUGUGCUGCUUGCCUGGGGUGCUCAAUUCAUGAACCAGCUGGGGGGAAUCAACCUCGUCGUAUAUUACAUUCCAUCAGUACUGGUACAAAAUGUUGGCAUGACGCCGCACAUGGCCCAGAUCAUUGGUGGCUGUGUGCAGAUGAUGUUCAUGUUUGGAUCCAUCUUGCCAGCUCUGGCAUUGGACCGCAUGGGCCGUCGCAAAACGAUGAUGUGGGGAAGUGCAGGACUUGGCCUCUGCAUGCUCAUGAUCUCCAUCUUACUGUCACGAGUCGGGUUCUCUGGUGGUCAAGCGUGUGCCUCGGCGUCUGUGGCAUUCUUCUUCCUAUAUAACUUGAUCUUUGGUAUGGGAAUGAACUGCGUACCGUGGGUCGUCGUCCCCGAGAUUCUUCCUCUCCACGCACGAACUCGCGGUACGGCCGUCGGCAUUAGCUCCAACUGGCUGUGGAACUUUUUCGUCGUAAUGAUCACUCCGGUGAUCAUUAACCGCCUUCAGUGGAAGGCUUACUUGAUUUUCGUGGUCACCAACUUCCUGUUUGUGCCAAUCAUUUACUUCUUCUACCCUGAGACGAGUAAUUUCAGAUUGGAAGACAUUGACGAAUUCUUCACAUCGGGUGGUAAUCCAGUCAAGGUUGCCAAGGAAAUGUCAAAGGUUAUGAAGGCUGGAAACGACACUGAGAAUGUGUCCAUCGGUUUCGAGAAGGACAAGGUAGAAGUUGCGCACUCGUAG